AAUGCAUACAGUGGAAUAUUAUUCAACCUUAAAAAAGGAAAAUCAUGCCAUAUGAGACAAUACAAAUGAAACGUGAGAACGGUAUGCUAACUGAAAUGAGCCAGUGACAGAAAGACAGAUACUGUGUGAUUCCAUUUAUGUACAAAAUAGUCAAAGUCAUAGAAUCGGUGAGUGGAAAGUGGCUGCCAGAGGCUGGAACAUAGAUAAUGUAUUAUGCACUUACUCUUUCAUCAGGUGGGGCUGAGCUUGUCUUCAUAGUGUACUUUUUAGCCAGUGUAUGUUGCGAUAAUGUUACCUGGAAACCUGUUGUUUUCCUUCAAUACAGGUUAGUGACCCCAAGGCAGACUUUCAGAACUGGAAAGCCAUUUGGACAGCAUUCCAUUAAACCUACUCUAAUUCUCUUUAUUCACUGAAAAAAGAACCAAAUACCAGAGAACUGGUGACUCUGCAAGGCUCAAAGAGGUUGACAAGAGAAGAUGAGAACCUUGCCCACUGACUUAUCAUCUAGAUUCCCACAACACUUCACUAGAAGGUGGCUGCAAAUAUUUUAGGAUGCAUAGAAAUAGAAAGAUUAUUUUCUAAAAAAUAUAACCACAAUAUCAAAGGUAGUAUACAUUUUUAAUUUUAUCAAAUAUCCUUUCAUUAGAUUUCAUGGAUUAUCUCAUAAUUUAUUUAUAGUUUACUUUGUUUGCAGCAGGAUGCAAAAACAAAAAAAAAAAAGUCCAAUAAAAUGAUCCAAGGUCAUUUUAUGCAUUUCCUGCCUCAGAUUUUAAAUCAGUCAUUUCUCCAAGAGAUCCUGGCUUAUUUGAGCAGAAAUUGAUCAUGAAGACUAUAAUCUGGGCUGGUCUAAUUAGCUCAUCCAAGGCAUUCUUCUUUUCUGUUACACUAUUUUUGAUUGCAAACAUUUAUUUUUGGUUCUUAGGGUUUCAUGUCUGUGCUUACAUGGCCCAUCUGUUCUUACAUUAGAGCCCUAGAAUAUUCAUCUUAGUUGUUUUGAAUUCCUGGUCUAAUCAUUCCAAGAUCCCUGGGUGGACAAAUAAAUCUUGCCUGCCCUUUCAAUAAGUAAUGAAUGUUGCCCACUAUCACGUCAUCAGCAUUGCAGCCCCAGACAGUGUGCCCUGAGGGGAAUUCAGAUUGGAGAAAAACAGGAUACUGGCCCUAAAUAGCUAAGAUGCAUAUCAAAGGAAUGGUUUCAAUGAGCCCAGACUCUUGCAUUUUCCCAUAUGUAGAAAAACACUAUAAUCAUUCAUUUGAGUGUCUGGUUUUUUGUGAUUAAAAGUAAUCUUUUGAUGUUUGACCAUACAUUUUGUUUUCUUUUGUUUUGUUUUCAACAAAGAUUCCUAUAUAUCCUGUCUCCUCCACUACCUCUUUGGAACAGUUCCUCAGAGCCAUCUGAGAGAGUGUCUCCCAAGCUAUAGUCUUCAGUACUUCCUCAAAUACAACAUCAUUCUCAACUUUUAGGUUGUGCAUUUUUGUUCAGUAGGCACCUGCCAUGUCUAGUUCUGAUGCUUGCUCUGUCUUUUCAAAUUAUGUUUUUUGCUCUUUAGUAUGUCUGGUAAUUUUUCUCAUCAGCUGGACAUGAUGUCCUGGGUAAACAAAACUGCUGCUGUAAAGAAGCCUUUAGUACUGCGGUGCUGGGGUGGGGGAGGGGACAUAGUCUAGCGUCCUAUAAGCACAUCUCAGUUCUAGUGAGCCUUUGCCUCUGGACUGUGAGCCUCACAGGUGUUUUUCUCCCCCACCACGGGUUCGAGCAUUCGAGUGGACUGGAGCCUCUGAUGUGGACAUGGCUGCCACCCAGGACAUCAGUCUGAGGAUCGUGCUGGUCGGGAAGACCGGAAGUGGGAAAAGUGCUACUGCAAACACCAUCCUCGGGGAAAAAAUAUUCGACUCUAGGAUUGCUGCUGAAGCUACUACCAGAACUUGUCAGAAAGCAUCCCGGAAAUGGAAGGGGAGAGAUCUUCUCGUUGUUGACACCCCAGGGAUCUUUGACACCAAGGAGAGCCUGAACACCUCCUGCAGGGAAAUCAGCCAAUGUGUCCUCGACUCCUGUCCCGGGCCUCACGCCAUCGUCUUGGUCCUGAAGUUGGGCCGCUACACACAGGAAGAGCAGCAAACCGUGGCGUUGAUCAAGGAUCUGUUUGGGAAAGCAGCCAUGAAGUAUAUGAUCAUCUUAUUCACUCACAAGGAGUAUCUGGGGGACCAGAGCCUGAGCGACUUUUUGAAGAAUGAUGUAAACCUACGAAGCCUCGUCCAGGAGUGUGGAGACCGCUGCUGUGCUUUCAGUAACAGCAAAAACACAAAGCAGGCUGAGAAGGAAGCUCAGGUGCAGGAGCUGGUAGAGCUGAUAGACAAGAUGGUGCAGAACAACCAAGGGACUUACUUUUCUGACACCAUUUACAAAGACACAUUGGAAAGCCUGAGAAAGCUGGAGGAAGUCUUGAGUAAAAGAUAUAUUGAUCAAUUAGAAAUAGAAAUCCAAAAAGUGGAAAAGGAGUGUGCUCAAGCAUGCGAGAAGAUAAUGCAGGAAAAAGAGGGGAAAAUUGAAUUACUAAAGAUGGAAUAUGAAAAAAAACUAAGAAACAUUAGGAAGGAGGCUCAAGACAAUGUAUUUAGCCAUGUAUUUGAUAACAUUAUGAAGGUGCUUUCAAGAAUAUUUCUUUUGUUCAAGAAGUAACUAUUUUUUCACAGUUUACUAUGCUUUGCAAAGCAUCUCUCCAGCUCACUCCCUAUUGCUGUCCAUGCCUGCCUCCCCUCCAACAAAUACCAACUACAAAAUUGAUUAGUUUGAGCUCUGGUUCAUUGGACAUGGUUCAAAGACUCAAAUGAAAGGAAUUACAAGGCUGAAAUGCAUCUUGCAUUGAGCAUUAGCCCUACCUGUGAAAUACAUUACACAGGCCCCUUGUGAAUAUUGAGUAAAUAUCAGCAAAGCUUCCAGUCCCCCCAGCAGCAUUUUCUCUGGUUUGUGAGAGAUGAGAUAAUAAAUGUUUGUUGUUUUAAGCCACUAAACUUUGGGGUAAUUUGUUACACAGCAAUAGAUAACUAGUACAAGGUGUAAUGUAUGUUUAUGCAUAUAUACAAAAUAUUU